AUGGAACAAAGAGCAGAGGAAAUAACAGAAGAAACACCAGUCGAUUUUUCUACAGUAUCGACUCUACUGUCUCCCGUGGGAUAUGGAUUCUUGUCAUUUUGGAUGCUGAUUGUCACUCUUCUCUCUGUCUUCUGUAACUCUCUUGUUAUUGCUGUUAUGUUACGGAACCAUCAGCUUUUCUUCCCCACAAAUGUCCUCAUUCUGGGUCUGUCUGUCUCCGACUUGCUCAUGACCCUCUGUGGAUCCUCUGUUAGCACAGUGACCAACUACUUUGGGCAGUUCUUCAUGGGGAGAGAACUCUGUGUCUUCCAGGGCUUUACUGUCAAUUACUUUGGCCUGGUCUCCCUGUGUACGCUAACUCUGAUGGCUUAUGAGCGUUACCACAUAAUAUGCAAGCCCAUGGGUGCCUUCAAAAUAACACUGCGACGCAAUGCUAAGGGCCUGCUUCUAGUAUGGAUCUACUGCCUGUUCUGGGCUAUGGCACCUCUGCUAGGCUGGGGCUCCUAUGGCCCUGAAGGAGUUCAGACCUCAUGCUCUUUGGCCUGGGGGGAACGUACCUGGAUCAGCUACAGCUUUCUGAUCCCAUACUGGAUCUUCUGCUUCUUUCUGCCCACGUGGCUGAUCAUCUUCUGCUACUACCACAUAAUAAUCUCCAUUAAAAGGUUGAACCAGAGUGUGGAGAAUCAGGGAGGCAGGUCACGGCAAAAAGAGGACAGGCAUGCUAUGUGCAUGGUAGCUGCCAUGAUUGGUUCCUUCUUCUUCUGUUGGCUGCCAUAUGCUAUUGUAUCAAUGCUUGUGAUUCUUGUGCCAGAUAUCUCCAUAUCCCCACUUCUUGCAUCCAUGCCUGCCCACUUGGCUAAGACAAGCCCUGCAUACAAUCCCAUCAUAUUUUUUCUGGCCAAAACAAAGUUCCGGGACAUGGCCUUGGAGAUUAUAUCAUGUGGUUGCUACAGACCUACGUUGCAAAAAUCAAGCGGUUCCACGGAGAUGGAAAUAGUGGAGACUGGAUCCAAACACCUGAGUCCAAACUGCGUUCAACCUGAACCUGCGCUGUCCAACUGA